AUGGACUGGGAAGGAGUCAACACGCGAGAAAAAUUUUCUCAGUUUGAGCAUCGGUGUACCACGAUGACGAUGCCGCUGGUGUUCCCGUAUCGUGCGCCACGUGCACCAGCCGAGGGCCUAAGCGUUGACCAAAGCAAUCAUGUUCUCUUUGUCGACGCCUUUCUGCAACAUGAAGCGACACGGCUGGAAGGUAUUAAGCAGGCUCAGGCGUGGGUUGAAAUGGCUACAAAGUCGAGAGAAAUGGGAGAAGAUAAGAUGCUAUCCAAGGAAGAUAUUGAAGCUCGUCGCAAAAGUGUCGAGACUUUGCUACCGCACUGA